AGUUGUUGAUUGUUGUUCAUUAGGUGGUUCAAAAUUGACCGCUCGUGGUUAAGGGCCCAUUCAGGCUAUUCCCUUGGGUCGUGGAUUCAAGUCGAAAGGUGUCGAAAGGGCUGAUCGCUGAAAAUCAGUACCAUUCUGAUCAGGAGGAGGACAACUUUUGUGUAGCCUGUAACAAGCCAUUUGGCAACGAAAAGGCUUGCCUUUCAAAAACCAAUCCAGCUUCCGGCUUCCUCACUUCCGCCUACAAUGACGAGGCGCGCCUCCGGAUUGGGUGCACCGCCUUUGGGCGUCCACGCCACCACCCUGACGGUCCCUUUGGCAGAACGUGUCUUUAGUUUGGCCUUCAAUGACCUGGGCGCCUCGGAAGUGGAUAUGGGAUUGCUGGCAUUGGGUUUACGCACUCGCGUCGUUAUCCUCCAUGUUCGGGAAAGCGAGCCCAAGGCAGAGGGUCCAACCGCCCCCACCCUGACUUGGCACCUCGUGCGAGAGAUCAAUCAUGACGGGCGGAUUCAAAGUUUGGCGUGGUCGCCCAUGAGCUCAAUGCUGGACAAUCGCUUAAUGCUGGCCACCGGGCACAAGGAAGUGCGGAUCUUGUCGCUCGCCGAGGGCGAUGAAGAGGUUCGAUCCCUCAUGGGCCACGCAGAUUACGUCAAUACGAUAGCCUUUCAGCCCGAAUCCGGCGAGCAAAUCGCCUCCGGCAGCGAUGACGGCACGCUCAUUAUGUGGAACACGCUCACCGGCCAACGGAACCAUCUCUUUACCAUGGCCUCACCCGUCAUGGCCGUGGUUUGGAACAAGGCGGAGAUGUCCAAGAUCAUGGCUGCGCAGAAGAAUGGUCAGAUCCACAUUUUCAACGCUGUCACCUACCAUCCCAUUAUGAGCUUUGAUGCGGGUUUGGGACCGUUAUCGGCUGCAGAUUGGAGCAUUCGGAACCCCAUGUUGGUAAGCGCCGCCAUCCGAUCCGUGAUCUACGUGUGGAAUCUCUCUCAAACGUCUCAGCCGAUUUUUAAAAAAUCCCUACUCGAAGAAGGAGUUCGACAUUUGAAGUUUUCCAGCCGUCAAGAUCACCUAUUGGCCAGCUCGGGUCAGCCCAACUACACGGUUUCGGUAACCAAUAUUCGGUCUUCCACCGCCGUAUUUUCUUCCGAAGGGGAACCCGUUGGAGGCUUGGCCUGGCAUCCAUUCUUGGACGUGUUGGCUGUCGGUAAUGACGAGAAGCUGACAUUACGACGGAUUUCUAGUCGUUAACUACCGUACAUGUGGAUCCCCUUUUUAUGAAUAAAUCAUUGUACCCCUGA